AUGCAGAAAAAAUCCAGUGAAAAUGUUGAUACACAAAACGUCAAUGUUCGUAAGGCCCAUGGAAAACGCCGAAAAGCAAAGAAGUCUCGAGAUGUAUUUAACAGUUUACAGGAUGAUGCCUUAAAGACCUCAAUCAAUCCUCAAAUUUGUUCUACUAAGAGAAUAGUAUUUGAUGAGAAUGGAAAGAUAAAAAGCUUAUGCGCUGCUGAUAAUUGGGAUCUUUCUGAUUGUACUCGCAGGUCGAAAAAGCGUUCAGGAUACGUCACUUUUACAAACAUAUAUGCUGAACAGAAAUUUACACCAGAAUCUGGAGUCUCAAACCUUGAGAAUACUGAUAUCAUGUCUUACAUUUCUGAAGAUGAGUCAGAAUCCGUACGUGAAAUACCGAUCAAACAUGUAAAGAAUCAGCAUUUAGACGUAACAGUCUACAGUUUCACUAAUGACUAUGAGACUGUUGUGAAGUAUUGGUAUGAUACUUUUCAGAAACUUCAUUUACCCGCCAGAAUAACUGAAAACCAAGAAGGCGUCAACAAUUAUUGUUCAAUGGUUGAACAAGCCUCUUUGACCAUCGCAACUGAAAGUCGGUCAAGUAGUAUAUCAUUACACGAAGAACAAAUGGAAAGCUGUCAAUAA